UACGUGGUAAAAUUACAAUUUUUUUGCUACUAGUUAUAUUCGCAGUUUUAGCAAAAUUGACGCCAAAAUCAUUUAACUAUUUCAUCAGUGACGAAAAACCUUUAAAAAAACAACGACAUUUUUCAAAAUAAAGAAAUAUUAUUGUUUUUCGAUAUCGUUUGCAGAAGAUUAGGGUUAAUGCUUGUGUAAAGGUUUUUCUUAAUACAUGCAGGUAUUUUUGUUAAAAUUUUAAGUAUAUAAUCGAGAUGUGCAGAGGUAUUUGUCAGUACAAUUGAAGAAGCCCAAGCAGUUCCUCGAGAAUUGGACUUUCUUUUAGUGUACCCAAUGUGAUUUUCCAAAAAUGAAGUUAACCCUUAUAUUUUUGUUCGUUUUUUGGACAGCACACUCAGAGGGUAUAGAAGUUUUAGAAGCCAUUAACUGUUUUAACAGAGAAUUCAUUUGUUGCAAUGAAACAUUUUUCUAUCAAUGCGUAUGGGAAAAAACCAAAUAUGGUACAUUUAUAAUAGGAGAACCUCAACCAUGUCCUCCGGAACUAUAUUGCUAUAAUGACGCUGAGAUCGAAUGUGUUGAACAAAGAGAAACAACAACUACUAGUACUUCAACAAUAACAAGAUCAGAAACUACAAGUACUAGCACAAAACCUACUAGUACAACCAGAAAACCUGCUAGCACAACCACUAGUCCCAGUAGUAGCUCGGAAUCCACGAGUACAAGCACAGAAUCUACUAGUCCCAGCACUAGCACAGAAUCAACGAGUAGUAGUACGGAAUCUACAAGUAUUAGCACCGAAUUCACAAGUACCAGUACAGAAUCUACUAGUCCAAGCACUAGCUCGGAAUCUACGAGUACGAGCACAGAAUCUACAAGUACCAGCACAGAAUCUACCAGUCCCAGCACAAGUACCGGGUCUACCAAUAGCAGUACAGAAUCAACAAGUAGUAGUACGGAAUCCACAAGUACUAGCACAGAAUCCACAAGUACUAGUACAGAAUCCACAAGCCCUUCAACAAGCACCUCCACCGAAUCAAGCAGUGUAAGUACAACAGAGUCGACUGAGAGUACCACUGAAUCAGAAACUACUGAAGAAUCAUCCACCGAAACUGAAAGUACUACAGAAUCUGAGGAUACUUCUACUACAGAAUCUACCAGUACAAGUACAGAAUCUACUAGUCCCAGCACUAGCACAGAAUCAACGAGUAGUAGUACGGAAUCUACAAGUACUAGCACCGAAUCCACAAGUACCAGUACAGAAUCUACUAGUCCAAGCACUAGCUCGGAAUCUACGAGUACAAGCACAGAAUCUACAAGUACCAGCACAGAAUCUACCAGUCCCAGCACAAGUACCGAGUCUACCAGUAGCAGUACAGAAUCAACGAGUAGUAGUACGGAAUCCACAAGUACUAGUACAGAAUCCACAAGACCUUCAACAAGCACCUCCACCGAAUCAAGCAGUGUAAGUACAACAGAGUCGACUGAGAGUACGACUGAAUCAGAAACUACUGAAGAAUCAUCCACCGAAACUGAAAGUACCACAGAAUCUGAGGAUACCUCUACUACAGAAUCUACCAGUACAAGUACAGAAGCUACUAGUCCCAGCACUAGCACAGAAUCAACGAGUAGUAGUACGGAAUCUACAAGUACUAGCACCGAAUCCACAAGUACCAGUACUGAAUCUACUAGUCCAAGCAGUAGCUCAGAAUCUACAACCACAAAACCUACUAGAAAAACCAGAAAAACUACAAAAACACCCAGUACGGUAUCUACAAGUACUAGCACCGAAUCCACAAGUACCAGUACAGAAUCUACUAGUCCAAGCACUAGCUCGGAAUCUACCAGUUCGAGCACAGAAUCUACAAGUACCAGCACAGAAUCUUCCAGUCCCAGCACAAGUACCGAGUCUACCAGUAGCAGUACAGGAUCAACGAGUAGUAGUACGGAAUCCACAAGUACUAGCACAGAAUCCACAAGUACUAGUACAGAAUCCACAAGCCCUUCAACAAGCACCUCCACCGAAUCAAGCAGUGUAAGUACAACAGAGUCGACUGAGAGUACGACUGAAUCAGAAACUACUGAAGAAUCAUCCACCGAAACUGAAAGUACCACAGAAUCUGAGGAUACCUCUACUACAGAAUCUACCAGUACAAGUACAGAAUCUACUAGUCCCAGCACUAGCACAGAAUCAACGAGUAGUAGUACAGAAUCUACAAGUACUAGCACCGAAUCCACAAGUACCAGUACGAAAUCUACUAGUCCAAGCACUAGCUCCGAAUCUACGAGUACGAGCACAGAAUCUACAAGUACCAGCACAGAAUCUACCAGUCCCAGCACAAGUACCGAGUCUACCAGUAGCAGUACAGAAUCAACGAGUAGUAGUACGGAAUCCACAAGUACUAGCACAGAAUCCACAAGUACUAGUACAGAAUCCACAAGCCCUUCAACAAGCACCUCCACCGAAUCAAGCAGUGUAAGUACAACAGAGUCGACUGAGAGUACGACUGAAUCAGAAACUACUGAAGAAUCAUCCACCGAAACUGAAAGUACCACAGAAUCUGAGGAUACCUCUACUACAGAAUCUACCAGUACAAGUACAGAAUCUACUAGUCCCAGCACUAGCACAGAAUCAACGAGUAGUAGUACGGAAUCUACAAGUACUAGCACCGAAUCCACAAGUACCAGUACAGAAUCUACUAGUCCAAGCAGUAGCUCAGAAUCUACAACCACAAAACCUACUAGAAAAACCAGAAAAACUACAAAAACACCCAGUACCGUAUCUACAAGUACUAGCACCGAAUCCACAAGUACCAGUACAGAAUCUACUAGUCCAAGCACUAGCUCGGAAUCUACCAGUUCGAGCACAGAAUCUACAAGUACCAGCACAGAAUCUUCCAGUCCCAGCACAAGUACCGAGUCUACCAGUAGCAGUACAGAAUCUACUAGUCCCAGCACUAGCACAGAAUCAACGAGUAGUAGUACGGAAUCUACAAGUACUAGCACCGAAUCCACAAGUACCAGUACGGAAUCUACUAGUCCAAGCACUAGCUCCGAAUCUACGAGUACGAGCACAGAAUCUACAAGUACCAGCACAGAAUCUACCAGUCCCAGCACAAGUACCGAGUCUACCAGUAGCAGUACAGAAUCAACGAGUAGUAGUACGGAAUCCACAAGUACUAGCACAGAAUCCACAAGUACUAGUACAGAAUCCACAAGCCCUUCAACAAGCACCUCCACCGAAUCAAGCAGUGUAAGUACAACAGAGUCGACUGAGAGUACGACUGAAUCAGAAACUACUGAAGAAUCAUCCACCGAAACUGAAAGUACCACAGAAUCUGAGGAUACCUCUACUACAGAAUCUACCAGUACAAGUACAGAAUCUACUAGUCCCAGCACUAGCACAGAAUCAACGAGUAGUAGUACGGAAUCUACAAGUACUAGCACCGAAUCCACAAGUACCAGUACAGAAUCUACUAGUCCAAGCUCUAGCUCGGAAUCUACGAGUACGAGCACAGAAUCUACAAGUACCAGCACAGAAUCUACCAGUCCCAGCACAAGUACCGAGUCUACCAGUAGCAGUACAGAAUCAACGAGUAGUAGUACGGAAUCCACAAGUACUAGCACAGAAUCCACAAGUACUAGUACAGAAUCCACAAGCCCUUCAACAAGCACCUCCACCGAAUCAAGCAGUGUAAGUACAACAGAGUCGACUGAGAGUACGACUGAAUCAGAAACUACUGAAGAAUCAUCCACCGAAACUGAAAGUACCACAGAAUCUGAGGAUACCUCUACUACAGAAUCUACCAGUACAAGUACAGAAUCUACUAGUCCCAGCACUAGCACAGAAUCAACGAGUAGUAGUACGGAAUCUACAAGUACUAGCACCGAAUCCACAAGUACCAGUACUGAAUCUACUAGUCCAAGCAGUAGCUCAGAAUCUACAACCACAAAACCUACUAGAAAAACCAGAAAAACUACAAAAACACCCAGUACGGUAUCUACAAGUACUAGCACCGAAUCCACAAGUACCAGUACAGAAUCUACUAGUCCAAGCACUAGCUCGGAAUCUACCAGUUCGAGCACAGAAUCUACAAGUACCAGCACAGAAUCUUCCAGUCCCAGCACAAGCACCGAGUCUACCAGUAGCAGUACAGGAUCAACGAGUAGUAGUACGGAAUCCACAAGUACUAGCACAGAAUCCACAAGUACUAGUACAGAAUCCACAAGCCCUUCAAUAAGCACCUCCACCGAAUCAAGCAGUGUAAGUACAACAGAGUCGACUGAGAGUACGACUGAAUCAGAAACUACUGAAGAAUCAUCCACCGAAACUGAAAGUACCACAGAAUCUGAGGAUACCUCUACUACAGAAUCUACCAGUACAAGUACAGAAUCUACUAGUCCCAGCACUAGCACAGAAUCAACGAGUAGUAGUACGGAAUCUACAAGUACUAGCACCGAAUCCACAAGUACCAGUACGGAAUCUACUAGUCCAAGCACUAGCUCCGAAUCUACGAGUACGAGCACAGAAUCUACAAGUACCAGCACAGAAUCUACCAGUCCCAGCACAAGUACCGAGUCUACCAGUAGCAGUACAGAAUCAACGAGUAGUAGUACGGAAUCCACAAGUACUAGCACAGAAUCCACAAGCCCUUCAACAAGCACCUCCACCGAAUCAAGCAGUGUAAGUACAACAGAGUCGACUGAGAGUACGACUGAAUCAGAAACUACUGAAGAAUCAUCCUCCGAAACUGAAAGUACCACAGAAUCUGAGGAUACCUCUACUACAGAAUCUACCAGUACAAGUACAGAAUCUACUAGUCCCAGCACUAGCACAGAAUCAACGAGUAGUAGUACGGAAUCUACAAGUACUAGCACCGAAUCCACAAGUACCAGUACAGAAUCUACUAGUCCAAGCAGUAGCUCAGAAUCUACAACCACAAAACCUACUAGAAAAACUACAAAAACACCCAGUACGGUAUCUACAAGUACUAGCACCGAAUCCACAAGUACCAGUACAGAAUCUACUGGUCCAAGCACUAGCUCGGAAUCUACCAGUUCGAGCACAGAAUCUACAAGUACCAGCACAGAAUCUUCCAGUCCCAGCACAAGUACCGAGUCUACCAGUAGCAGUACAAAAUCUACUAGUCCCAGCACUAGCACAGAAUCAACGAGUAGUAGUACGGAAUCUACAAGUACUAGCACCGAAUCCACAAGUACCAGUACAGAAUCUACUAGUCCAAGCUCUAGCUCGGAAUCUACGAGUACGAGCACAGAAUCUACAAGUACCAGCACAGAAUCUACCAGUCCCAGCACAAGUACCGAGUCUACCAGUAGCAGUACAGAAUCAACGAGUAGUAGUACGGAAUCCACAAGUACUAGCACAGAAUCCACAAGUACUAGUACAGAAUCCACAAGCCCUUCAACAAGCACCUCCACCGAAUCAAGCAGUGUAAGUACAACAGAGUCGACUGAGAGUACGACUGAAUCAGAAACUACUGAAGAAUCAUCCACCGAAACUGAAAGUACCACAGAAUCUGAGGAUACCUCUACUACAGAAUCUACCAGUACAAGUACAGAAUCUACUAGUCCCAGCACUAGCACAGAAUCAACGAGUAGUAGUACGGAAUCUACAAGUACUAGCACCGAAUCCACAAGUACCAGUACUGAAUCUACUAGUCCAAGCAGUAGCUCAGAAUCUACAACCACAAAACCUACUAGAAAAACCAGAAAAACUACAAAAACACCCAGUACGGUAUCUACAAGUACUAGCACCGAAUCCACAAGUAGCAAUACAGAAUCUACUAGUCCAAGCACUAGCUCGGAAUCUACCAGUUCGAGCACAGAAUCUACAAGUACCAGCACAGAAUCUUCCAGUCCCAGCACAAGUACCGAGUCUACCAGUAGCAGUACAGGAUCAACGAGUAGUAGUACGGAAUCCACAAGUACUAGCACAGAAUCCACAAGUACUAGUACAGAAUCCACAAGCCCUUCAACAAGCACCUCCACCGAAUCAAGCAGUGUAAGUACAACAGAGUCGACUGAGAGUACGACUGAAUCAGAAACUACUGAAGAAUCAUCCACCGAAACUGAAAGUACCACAGAAUCUGAGGAUACCUCUACUACAGAAUCUACCAGUACAAGUACAGAAUUUACUAGUCCCAGCACUAGCACAGAAUCAACGAGUAGUAGUACGGAAUCUACAAGUACUAGCACCGAAUCCACAAGUACCAGUACGGAAUCUACUAGUCCAAGCACUAGCUCCGAAUCUACGAGUACGAGCACAGAAUCUACAAGUACCAGCACAGAAUCUUCCAGUCCCAGCACAAGUACCGAGUCUACCAGUAGCAGUACAGAAUCAACGAGUAGUAGUACGGAAUCCACAAGUACUAGCACAGAAUCCACAAGUACUAGUACAGAAUCCACAAGCCCUUCAACAAGCACCUCCACCGAAUCAAGCAGUGUAAGUACAACAGAGUCGACUGAGAGUACGACUGAAUCAGAAACUACUGAAGAAUCAUCCACCGAAACUGAAAGUACCACAGAAUCUGAGGAUACCUCUACUACAGAAUCUACCAGUACAAGUACAGAAUCUACUAGUCCCAGCACUAGCACAGAAUCAACGAGUAGUAGUACGGAAUCUACAAGUACUAGCACCGAAUCCACAAGUACCAGUACGGAAUCUACUAGUCCAAGCACUAGCUCCGAAUCUACGAGUACGAGCACAGAAUCUACAAGUACCAGCACAGAAUCUACCAGUCCCAGCACAAGUACCGAGUCUACCAGUAGCAGUACAGAAUCAACGAGUAGUAGUACGGAAUCCACAAGUACUAGCACAGAAUCCACAAGUACUAGUACAGAAUCCACAAGCCCUUCAACAAGCACCUCCACCGAAUCAAGCAGUGUAAGUACAACAGAGUCGACUGAGAGUACGACUGAAUCAGAAACUACUGAAGAAUCAUCCACCGAAACUGAAAGUACCACAGAAUCUAAGGAUACCUCUACUACAGAAUCUACCAGUACAAGUACAGAAUCUACUAGUCCCAGCACUAGCACAGAAUCAACGAGUAGUAGUACGGAAUCUACAAGUACUAGCACCGAAUCCACAAGUACCAGUACUGAAUCUACUAGUCCAAGCAGUAGCUCAGAAUCUACAACCACAAAACCUACUAGAAAAACCAGAAAAACUACAAAAACACCCAGUACGGUAUCUACAAGUACUAGCACCGAAUCCACAAGUACCAGUACAGAAUCUACUAGUCCAAGCACUAGCUCGGAAUCUACCAGUUCGAGCACAGAAUCUACAAGUACCAGCACAGAAUCUUCCAGUCCCAGCACAAGUACCGAGUCUACCAGUAGCAGUACAGAAUCUACUAGUCCCAGCACUAGCACAGAAUCAACGAGUAGUAGUACGGAAUCUACAAGUACUAGCACCGAAUCCACAAGUACCAGUACGGAAUCUACUAGUCCAAGCACUAGCUCCGAAUCUACGAGUACGAGCACAGAAUCUACAAGUACCAGCACAGAAUCUACCAGUCCCAGCACAAGUACCGAGUCUACCAGUAGCAGUACAGAAUCAACGAGUAGUAGUACGGAAUCCACAAGUACUAGCACAGAAUCCACAAGUACUAGUACAGAAUCCACAAGCCCUUCAACAAGCACCUCCACCGAAUCAAGCAGUGUAAGUACAACAGAGUCGACUGAGAGUACGACUGAAUCAGAAACUACUGAAGAAUCAUCCACCGAAACUGAAAGUACCACAGAAUCUGAGGAUACCUCUACUACAGAAUCUACCAGUACAAGUACAGAAUCUACUAGUCCCAGCACUAGCACAGAAUCAACGAGUAGUAGUACGGAAUCUACAAGUACUAGCACCGAAUCCACAAGUACCAGUACAGAAUCUACUAGUCCAAGCAGUAGCUCAGAAUCUACAACCACAAAACCUACUAGAAAAACUACAAAAACACCCAGUACGGUAUCUACAAGUACUAGCACCGAAUCCACAAGUACCAGUACAGAAUCUACUAGUCCAAGCACUAGCUCGGAAUCUACCAGUUCGAGCACAGAAUCUACAAGUACCAGCACAGAAUCUUCCAGUCCCAGCACAAGUACCGAGUCUACCAGUAGCAGUACAGAAUCUACUAGUCCCAGCACUAGCACAGAAUCAACGAGUAGUAGUACGGAAUCUACAAGUACUAGCACCGAAUCCACAAGUACCAGUACAGAAUCUACUAGUCCAAGCUCUAGCUCGGAAUCUACGAGUACGAGCACAGAAUCUACAAGUACCAGCACAGAAUCUACCAGUCCCAGCACAAGUACCGAGUCUACCAGUAGCAGUACAGAAUCAACGAGUAGUAGUACGGAAUCCACAAGUACUAGCACAGAAUCCACAAGUACUAGUACAGAAUCCACAAGCCCUUCAACAAGCACCUCCACCGAAUCAAGCAGUGUAAGUACAACAGAGUCGACUGAGAGUACGACUGAAUCAGAAACUACUGAAGAAUCAUCCACCGAAACUGAAAGUACCACAGAAUCUGAGGAUAUCUCUACUACAGAAUCUACCAGUACAAGUACAGAAUCUACUAGUCCCAGCACUAGCACAGAAUCAACGAGUAGUAGUACGGAAUCUACAAGUACUAGCACCGAAUCCACAAGUACCAGUACUGAAUCUACUAGUCCAAGCAGUAGCUCAGAAUCUACAACCACAAAACCUACUAGAAAAACCAGAAAAACCAGAAAAACUACAAAAACACCCAGUACGGUAUCUACAAGUACUAGCACCGAAUCCACAAGUAGCAAUACAGAAUCUACUAGUCCAAGCACUAGCUCGGAAUCUACCAGUUCGAGCACAGAAUCUACAAGUACCAGCACAGAAUCUUCCAGUCCCAGCACAAGUACCGAGUCUACCAGUAGCAGUACAGGAUCAACGAGUAGUAGUACGGAAUCCACAAGUACUAGCACAGAAUCCACAAGUACUAGUACAGAAUCCACAAGCCCUUCAACAAGCACCUCCACCGAAUCAAGCAGUGUAAGUACAACAGAGUCGACUGAGAGUACGACUGAAUCAGAAACUACUGAAGAAUCAUCCACCGAAACUGAAAGUACCACAGAAUCUGAGGAUACCUCUACUACAGAAUCUACCAGUACAAGUACAGAAUCUACUAGUCCCAGCACUAGCACAGAAUCAACGAGUAGUAGUACGGAAUCUACAAGUACUAGCACCGAAUCCACAAGUACCAGUACGGAAUCUACUAGUCCAAGCACUAGCUCCGAAUCUACGAGUACGAGCACAGAAUCUACAAGUACCAGCACAGAAUCUUCCAGUCCCAGCACAAGUACCGAGUCUACCAGUAGCAGUACAGAAUCAACGAGUAGUAGUACGGAAUCCACAAGUACUAGCACAGAAUCCACAAGUACUAGUACAGAAUCCACAAGCCCUUCAACAAGCACCUCCACCGAAUCAAGCAGUGUAAGUACAACAGAGUCGACUGAGAGUACGACUGAAUCAGAAACUACUGAAGAAUCAUCCACCGAAACUGAAAGUACCACAGAAUCUGAGGAUACCUCUACUACAGAAUCUACCAGUACAAGUACAGAAUCUACUAGUCCCAGCACUAGCACAGAAUCAACGAGUAGUAGUACGGAAUCUACAAGUACUAGCACCGAAUCCACAAGUACCAAAUCUACAAGUACCAGCACAGAAUCUACCAGUCCCAGCACAAGUACCGAGUCUACCAGUAGCAGUACAGAAUCAACGAGUAGUAGUACGGAAUCCACAAGUACUAGCACAGAAUCCACAAGUACUAGUACAGAAUCCACAAGCCCUUCAACAAGCACCUCCACCGAAUCAAGCAGUGUAAGUACAACAGAGUCGACUGAGAGUACGACUGAAUCAGAAACUACUGAAGAAUCAUCCACCGAAACUGAAAGUACCACAGAAUCUGAGGAUACCUCUACUACAGAAUCUACCAGUACAAGUACAGAAUCUACUAGUCCCAGCACUAGCACAGAAUCAACGAGUAGUAGUACGGAAUCUACAAGUACUAGCACCGAAUCCACAAGUACCAGUACUAAAUCUACUAGUCCAAGCAGUAGCUCAGAAUCUACAACCACAAAACCUACUAGAAAAACCAGAAAAACUACAAAAACACCCAGUACGGUAUCUACAAGUACUAGCACCGAAUCCACAAGUACCAGUACAGAAUCUACUAGUCCAAGCACUAGCUCGGAAUCUACCAGUUCGAGCACAGAAUCUACAAGUACCAGCACAGAAUCUUCCAGUCCCAGCACAAGUACCGAGUCUACCAGUAGCAGUACAGAAUCUACUAGUCCCAGCACUAGCACAGAAUCAACGAGUAGUAGUACGGAAUCUACAAGUACUAACACCGAAUCCACAAGUACCAGUACGGAAUCUACUAGUCCAAGCACUAGCUCCGAAUCUACGAGUACGAGCACAGAAUCUACAAGUACCAGCACAGAAUCUACCAGUCCCAGCACAAGUACCGAGUCUACCAGUAGCAGUACAGAAUCAACGAGUAGUAGUACGGAAUCCACAAGUACUAGCACAGAAUCCACAAGUACUAGUACAGAAUCCACAAGCCCUUCAACAAGCACCUCCACCGAAUCAAGCAGUGUAAGUACAACAGAGUCGACUGAGAGUACGACUGAAUCAGAAACUACUGAAGAAUCAUCCACCGAAACUGAAAGUACCACAGAAUCUGAGGAUACCUCUACUACAGAAUCUACCAGUACAAGUACAGAAUCUACUAGUCCCAGCACUAGCACAGAAUCAACGAGUAGUAGUACGGAAUCUACAAGUACUAUCACCGAAUCCACAAGUACCAGUACAGAAUCUACUAGUCCAAGCUCUAGCUCGGAAUCUACGAGUACGAGCACAGAAUCUACAAGUACCAGCACAGAAUCUACCAGUCCCAGCACAAGUACCGAGUCUACCAGUAGCAGUACAGAAUCAACGAGUAGUAGUACGGAAUCCACAAGUACUAGCACAGAAUCCACAAGUACUAGUACAGAAUCCACAAGCCCUUCAACAAGCACCUCCACCGAAUCAAGCAGUGUAAGUACAACAGAGUCGACUGAGAGUACGACUGAAUCAGAAACUACUGAAGAAUCAUCCACCGAAACUGAAAGUACCACAGAAUCUGAGGAUACCUCUACUACAGAAUCUACCAGUACAAGUACAGAAUCUACUAGUCCCAGCACUAGCACAGAAUCAACGAGUAGUAGUACGGAAUCUACAAGUACUAGCACCGAAUCCACAAGUACCAGUACUGAAUCUACUAGUCCAAGCAGUAGCUCAGAAUCUACAACCACAAAACCUACUAGAAAAACCAGAAAAACUACAAAAACACCCAGUACGGUAUCUACAAGUACUAGCACCGAAUCCACAAGUACCAGUACAGAAUCUACUAGUCCAAGCACUAGCUCGGAAUCUACCAGUUCGAGCACAGAAUCUACAAGUACCAGCACAGAAUCUUCCAGUCCCAGCACAAGUACCGAGUCUACCAGUAGCAGUACAGGAUCAACGAGUAGUAGUACGGAAUCCACAAGUACUAGCACAGAAUCCACAAGUACUAGUACAGAAUCCACAAGCCCUUCAACAAGCACCUCCACCGAAUCAAGCAGUGUAAGUACAACAGAGUCGACUGAGAGUACGACUGAAUCAGAAACUACUGAAGAAUCAUCCACCGAAACUGAAAGUACCACAGAAUCUGAGGAUACCUCUACUACAGAAUCUACCAGUACAAGUACAGAAUCUACUAGUCCCAGCACUAGCACAGAAUCAACGAGUAGUAGUACGGAAUCUACAAGUACUAGCACCGAAUCCACAAGUACCAGUACAGAAUCUACUAGUCCAAGCAGUAGCUCAGAAUCUACAACCACAAAACCUACUAGAAAAACCAGAAAAACUACAAAAACACCCAGUACGGUAUCUACAAGUACUAGCACAGAAUCUACAAGUACCAGCACAGAAUCUACCAGUCCCAGCACAAGUACCGAGUCUACCAGUAGCAGUACAGAAUCAACGAGUAGUAGUACGGAAUCCACAAGUACUAGCACAGAAUCCACAAGUACUAGUACAGAAUCCACAAGCCCUUCAACAAGCACCUCCACCGAAUCAAGCAGUGUAAGUACAACAGAGUCGACUGAGAGUACGACUGAAUCAGAAACUACUGAAGAAUCAUCCACCGAAACUGAAAGUACCACAGAAUCUGAGGAUACCUCUACUACAGAAUCUACCAGUACAAGUACAGAAUCUACUAGUCCCAGCACUAGCACAGAAUCAACGAGUAGUAGUACGGAAUCUACAAGUACUAGCACCGAAUCCACAAGUACCAGUACUGAAUCUACUAGUCCAAGCAGUAGCUCAGAAUCUACAACCACAAAACCUACUAGAAAAACCAGAAAAACUACAAAAACACCCAGUACGGUAUCUACAAGUACUAGCACCGAAUCCACAAGUAGCAAUACAGAAUCUACUAGUCCAAGCACUAGCUCGGAAUCUACCAGUUCGAGCACAGAAUCUACAAGUACCAGCACAGAAUCUUCCAGUCCCAGCACAAGUACCGAGUCUACCAGUAGCAGUACAGGAUCAACGAGUAGUAGUACGGAAUCCACAAGUACUAGCACAGAAUCCACAAGUACUAGUACAGAAUCCACAAGCCCUUCAACAAGCACCUCCACCGAAUCAAGCAGUGUAAGUACAACAGAGUCGACUGAGAGUACGACUGAAUCAGAAACUACUGAAGAAUCAUCCACCGAAACUGAAAGUACCACAGAAUCUGAGGAUACCUCUACUACAGAAUCUACCAGUACAAGUACAGAAUCUACUAGUCCCAGCACUAGCACAGAAUCAACGAGUAGUAGUACGGAAUCUACAAGUACUAGCACCGAAUCCACAAGUACCAGUACGGAAUCUACUAGUCCAAGCACUAGCUCCGAAUCUACGAGUACGAGCACAGAAUCUACAAGUACCAGCAACAAAUCUACCAGUCCCAGCACAAGUACCGAGUCUACCAGUAGCAGUACAGAAUCAACGAGUAGUAGUACGGAAUCCACAAGUACUAGCACAGAAUCCACAAGUACUAGUACAGAAUCCACAAGCCCUUCAACAAGCACCUCCACCGAAUCAAGCAGUGUAAGUACAACAGAGUCGACUGAGAGUACGACUGAAUCAGAAACUACUGAAGAAUCAUCCACCGAAACUGAAAGUACCACAGAAUCUGAGGAUACCUCUACUACAGAAUCUACCAGUACAAGUACAGAAUCUACUAGUCCCAGCACUAGCACAGAAUCAACGAGUAGUAGUACGGAAUCUACAAGUACUAUCACCGAAUCCACAAGUACCAAAUCUACAAGUACCAGCACAGAAUCUACCAGUCCCAGCACAAGUACCGAGUCUACCAGUAGCAGUACAGAAUCAACGAGUAGUAGUACGGAAUCCACAAGUACUAGCACAGAAUCCACAAGUACUAGUACAGAAUCCACAAGCCCUUCAACAAGCACCUCCACCGAAUCAAGCAGUGUAAGUACAACAGAGUCGACUGAGAGUACGACUGAAUCAGAAACUACUGAAGAAUCAUCCACCGAAACUGAAAGUACCACAGAAUCUGAGGAUACCUCUACUACAGAAUCUACCAGUACAAGUACAGAAUCUACUAGUCCCAGCACUAGCACAGAAUCAACGAGUAGUAGUACGGAAUCUACAAGUACUAGCACCGAAUCCACAAGUACCAGUACUGAAUCUACUAGUCCAAGCAGUAGCUCAGAAUCUACAACCACAAAACCUACUAGAAAAACCAGAAAAACUACAAAAACACCCAGUACGGUAUCUACAAGUACUAGCACCGAAUCCACAAGUACCAGUACAGAAUCUACUAGUCCAAGCACUAGCUCGGAAUCUACCAGUUCGAGCACAGAAUCUACAAGUACCAGCACAGAAUCUUCCAGUCCCAGCACAAGUACCGAGUCUACCAGUAGCAGUACAGGAUCAACGAGUAGUAGUACGGAAUCCACAAGUACUAGCACAGAAUCCACAAGUACUAGUACAGAAUCCACAAGCCCUUCAACAAGCACCUCCACCGAAUCAAGCAGUGUAAGUACAACAGAGUCGACUGAGAGUACGACUGAAUCAGAAACUACUGAAGAAUCAUCCACCGAAACUGAAAGUACCACAGAAUCUGAGGAUACCUCUACUACAGAAUCUACCAGUACAAGUACAGAAUCUACUAGUCCCAGCACUAGCACAGAAUCAACGAGUAGUAGUACGGAAUCUACAAGUACUAGCACCGAAUCCACAAGUACCAGUACGGAAUCUACUAGUCCAAGCACUAGCUCCGAAUCUACGAGUACGAGCACAGAAUCUACAAGUACCAGCACAGAAUCUACCAGUCCCAGCACAAGUACCGAGUCUACCAGUAGCAGUACAGAAUCAACGAGUAGUAGUACGGAAUCCACAAGUACUAGCACAGAAUCCACAAGUACUAGUACAGAAUCCACAAGCCCUUCAACAAGCACCUCCACCGAAUCAAGCAGUGUAAGUACAACAGAGUCGACUGAGAGUACGACUGAAUCAGAAACUACUGAAGAAUCAUCCACCGAAACUGAAAGUACCACAGAAUCUGAGGAUACCUCUACUACAGAAUCUACCAGUACAAGUACAGAAUCUACUAGUCUCAGCACUAGCACAGAAUCAACGAGUAGUAGUACGGAAUCUACAAGUACUAGCACCGAAUCCACAAGUACCAGUACAGAAUCUACUAGUCCAAGCAGUAGCUCAGAAUCUACAACCACAAAACCUACUAGAAAAACCAGAAAAACUACAAAAACACCCAGUACGGUAUCUACAAGUACUAGCACCGAAUCCACAAGUACCAGUACAGAAUCUACUAGUCCAAGCACUAGCUCGGAAUCUACCAGUUCGAGCACAGAAUCUACAAGUACCAGCACAGAAUCUUCCAGUCCCAGCACAAGUACCGAGUCUACCAGUAGCAGUACAGAAUCUACUAGUCCCAGCACUAGCACAGAAUCAACGAGUAGUAGUACGGAAUCUACAAGUACUAGCACCGAAUCCACAAGUACCAGUACGGAAUCUACUAGUCCAAGCACUAGCUCCGAAUCUACGAGUACGAGCACAGAAUCUACAAGUACCAGCACAGAAUCUACCAGUCCCAGCACAAGUACCGAGUCUACCAGUAGCAGUACAGAAUCAACGAGUAGUAGUACGGAAUCCACAAGUACUAGCACAGAAUCCACAAGUACUAGUACAGAAUCCACAAGCCCUUCAACAAGCACCUCCACCGAAUCAAGCAGUGUAAGUACAACAGAGUCGACUGAGAGUACGACUGAAUCAGAAACUACUGAAGAAUCAUCCACCGAAACUGAAAGUACCACAGAAUCUGAGGAUACCUCUACUACAGAAUCUACCAGUACAAGUACAGAAUCUACUAGUCCCAGCACUAGCACAGAAUCAACGAGUAGUAGUACGGAAUCUACAAGUACUAGCACCGAAUCCACAAGUACCAGUACAGAAUCUACUAGUCCAAGCUCUAGCUCGGAAUCUACGAGUACGAGCACAGAAUCUACAAGUACCAGCACAGAAUCUACCAGUCCCAGUACAAGUACCGAGUCUACCAGUAGCAGUACAGAAUCAACGAGUAGUAGUACGGAAUCCACAAGUACUAGCACAGAAUCCACAAGUACUAGUACAGAAUCCACAAGCCCUUCAACAAGCACCUCCACCGAAUCAAGCAGUGUAAGUACAACAGAGUCGACUGAGAGUACGACUGAAUCAGAAACUACUGAAGAAUCAUCCACCGAAACUGAAAGUACCACAGAAUCUGAGGAUACCUCUACUACAGAAUCUACCAGUACAAGUACAGAAUCUACUAGUCCCAGCACUAGCACAGAAUCAACGAGUAGUAGUACGGAAUCUACAAGUACUAGCACCGAAUCCACAAGUACCAGUACAGAAUCUACUAGUCCAAGCUCUAGCUCGGAAUCUACGAGUACGAGCACAGAAUCUACAAGUACCAGCACAGAAUCUACCAGUCCCAGCACAAGUACCGAGUCUACCAGUAGCAGUACAGAAUCAACGAGUAGUAGUACGGAAUCCACAAGUACUAGCACAGAAUCCACAAGCCCUUCAACAAGCACCUCCACCGAAUCAAGCAGUGUAAGUCCAACAGAGUCGACUGAGAGUACGACUGAAUCAGAAGCUACUGAAGAAUCAUCCACCGAAACUGAAAGUACCACAGAAUCUGAGGAUACCUCUACUACAGAAUCUACCAGUACAAGUACAGAAUCUACUAGUCCCAGCACUAGCACAGAAUCAACGAGUAGUAGUACGGAAUCUACAAGUACUAGCACCGAAUCCACAAGUACCAGUACUGAAUCUACUAGUCCAAGCAGUAGCUCAGAAUCUACAACCACAAAACCUACUAGAAAAACCAGAAAAACUACAAAAACACCCAGUACGGUAUCUACAAGUACUAGCACCGAAUCCACAAGUACCAGUACAGAAUCUACUAGUCCAAGCACUAGCUCGGAAUCUACCAGUUCGAGCACAGAAUCUACAAGUACCAGCACAGAAUCUUCCAGUCCCAGCACAAGUACCGAGUCUACCAGUAGCAGUACAGGAUCAACGAGUAGUAGUACGGAAUCCACAAGUACUAGCACAGAAUCCACAAGUACUAGUACAGAAUCCACAAGCCCUUCAACAAGCACCUCCACCGAAUCAAGCAGUGUAAGUACAACAGAGUCGACUGAGAGUACGACUGAAUCAGAAACUACUGAAGAAUCAUCCACCGAAACUGAAAGUACCACAGAAUCUGAGGAUACCUCUACUACAGAAUCUACCAGUACAAGUACAGAAUCUACUAGUCCCAGCACUAGCACAGAAUCAACGAGUAGUAGUACGGAAUCUACGAGUACUAGCACCGAAUCCACAAGUACCAGUACAGAAUCUACCAGUCCCAGCACAAGUACCGAGUCUACCAGUAGCAGUACAGAAUCAACGAGUAGUAGUACGGAAUCCACAAGUACUAGCACAGAAUCCACAAGUACUAGUACAGAAUCCACAAGCCCUUCAACAAGCACCUCCACCGAAUCAAGCAGUGUAAGUACAACAGAGUCGACUGAGAGUACGACUGAAUCAGAAACUACUGAAGAAUCAUCCACCGAAACUGAAAGUACCACAGAAUCUGAGGAUACCUCUACUACAGAAUCUACCAGUACAAGUACAGAAUCUACUAGUCCCAGCACUAGCACAGAAUCCACGAGUAGUAGUACGGAAUCUACAAGUACUAGCACCGAAUCCACAAGUACCAGUACUGAAUCUACUAGUCCAAGCAGUAGCUCAGAAUCUACAACCACAAAACCUACUAGAAAAACCAGAAAAACUACAAAAACACCCAGUACGGUAUCUACAAGUACUAGCACCGAAUCCACAAGUACCAGUACAGAAUCUACUAGUCCAAGCACUAGCUCGGAAUCAACCAGUUCGGGCACAGAAUCUACAAGUACCAGCACAGAAUCUCCCAGUACCAGCACAGAAUCUUCCAGUCCCAGCACAAGUACCGAGUCUACCAGUAGCAGUACAGGAUCAACGAGUAGUAGUACGGAAUCCACAAGUACUAGCACAGAAUCGACAAGUACUAGUACAGAAUCCACAAGCCCUUCAACAAGCACCUCCACCGAAUCAAGCAGUGUAAGUACAACAGAGUCGACUGAGAGUACGACUGAAUCAGAAACUACUGAAGAAUCAUCCACCGAAACUGAAAGUACCACAGAAUCUGAGGAUACAUCUACUACAGAAUCUACCAGUACAAGUACAGAAUCUACUAGUCCCAGCACUAGCACAGAAUCAACGAGUAGUAGUACGGAAUCUACAAGUACUAGCACCGAAUCCACAAGUACCAGUACGGAAUCUACUAGUCCAAGCACUAGCUCCGAAUCUACGAGUACGAGCACAGAAUCUACAAGUACCAGCACAGAAUCUUCCAGUCCCAGCACAAGUACCGAGUCUACCAGUAGCAGUACAGAAUCAACGAGUAGUAGUACGGAAUCCACAAGUACUAGCACAGAAUCCACAAGUACUAGUACAGAAUCCACAAGCCCUUCAACAAGCACCUCCACCGAAUCAAGCAGUGUAAGUACAACAGAGUCGACUGAGAGUACGACUGAAUCAGAAACUACUGAAGAAUCAUCCACCGAAACUGAAAGUACCACAGAAUCUGAGGAUACCUCUACUACAAAAUCUACCAGUACAAGUACAGAAUCUACUAGUCCCAGCACUAGCACAGAAUCAACGAGUAGUAGUACGGAAUCUACGAGUACUAGCACCGAAUCCACAAGUACCAGUACUGAAUCUACUAGUCCAAGCAGUAGUUCAGAAUCUACAACCACAAAACCUACUAGAAAAACCAGAAAAACUACAAAAACACCCAGUACGGUAUCUACAAGUACUAGCACCGAAUCCACAAGUACCAGUACAGAAUCUACUAGUCCAAGCACUAGCUCGGAAUCUACCAGUUCGAGCACAGAAUCUACAAGUACCAGCACAGAAUCUUCCAGUCCCAGCACAAGUACCGAGUCUACCAGUAGCAGUACAGGAUCAACGAGUAGUAGUACGGAAUCCACAAGUACUAGCACAGAAUCCACAAGUACUAGUACAGAAUCCACAAGCCCUUCAACAAGCACCUCCACCGAAUCAAGCAGUGUAAGUACAACAGAGUCGACUGAGAGUACGACUGAAUCAGAAACUACUGAAGAAUCAUCCACCGAAACUGAAAGUACCACAGAAUCUGAGGAUACCUCUACUACAGAAUCUACCAGUACAAGUACAGAAUCUACUAGUCCCAGCACUAGCACAGAAUCAACGAGUAGUAGUACGGAAUCUACAAGUACUAGCACCGAAUCCACAAGUACCAGUACUGAAUCUACUAGUCCAAGCAGUAGCUCAGAAUCUACAACCACAAAACCUACUAGAAAAACCAGAAAAACUACAAAAACACCCAGUACGGUAUCUACAAGUACUAGCACCGAAUCAACAAGUACCAGUACAGAAUCUACUAGUCCAAGCACUAGCUCGGAAUCUACCAGUACGAGCACAGAAUCUACAAGUACCAGCACAGAAUCUACCAGUCCCAGCACAAGUACCGAGUCUACCAGUAGCAGUACAGAAUCAACGAGUAGUAGUACGGAAUCCACAAGUACUAGCACAGAAUCCACAAGUACUAGUACAGAAUCCACAAGCCCUUCAACAAGCACCUCCACCGAAUCAAGCAGUGUAAGUACAACAGAGUCGACUGAGAGUACGACUGAAUCAGAAACUACUGAAGAAUCAUCCACCGAAACUGAAAGUACCACAGAAUCUGAGGAUACCUCUACUACAGAAUCUACCAGUACAAGUACAGAAUCUACUAGUCCCAGCACUAGCACAGAAUCAACGAGUAGUAGUACGGAAUCUACAAGUACUAGCACCGAAUCCACAAGUACCAGUACGGAAUCUACUAGUCCAAGCACUAGCUCCGAAUCUACGAGUACGAGCACAGAAUCUACAAGUACCAGCACAGAAUCUUCCAGUCCCAGCACAAGUACCGAGUCUACCAGUAGCAGUACAGAAUCAACGAGUAGUAGUACGGAAUCCACAAGUACUAGCACAGAAUCCACAAGUACUAGUACAGAAUCCACAAGCCCUUCAACAAGCACCUCCACCGAAUCAAGCAGUGUAAGUACAACAGAGUCGACUGAGAGUACGACUGAAUCAGAAACUACUGAAGAAUCAUCCACCGAAACUGAAAGUACCACAGAAUCUGAGGAUACCUCUACUACAGAAUCUACCAGUACAAGUACAGAAUCUACUAGUCCCAGCACUAGCACAGAAUCAACGAGUACUAGUACGGAAUCUACGAGUACUAGCACCGAAUCCACAAGUACCAGUACUGAAUCUACUAGUCCAAGCAGUAGUUCAGAAUCUACAACCACAAAACCUACUAGAAAAACCAGAAAAACUACAAAAACACCCAGUACGGUAUCUACAAGUACUAGCACCGAAUCCACAAGUACCAGUACAGAAUCUACUAGUCCAAGCACUAGCUCGGAAUCUACCAGUUCGAGCACAGAAUCUACAAGUACCAGCACAGAAUCUUCCAGUCCCAGCACAAGUACCGAGUCUACCAGUAGCAGUACAGGAUCAACGAGUAGUAGUACGGAAUCCACAAGUACUAGCACAGAAUCCACAAGUACUAGUACAGAAUCCACAAGCCCUUCAACAAGCACCUCCACCGAAUCAAGCAGUGUAAGUACAACAGAGUCGACUGAGAGUACGACUGAAUCAGAAACUACUGAAGAAUCAUCCACCGAAACUGAAAGUACCACAGAAUCUGAGGAUACUUCUACUACAGAAUCUACCAGUACAAGUACAGAAUCUACUAGUCCCAGCACUAGCACAGAAUCAACGAGUAGUAGUACGGAAUCUACAAGUACUAGCACCGAAUCCACAAGUACCAGUACUGAAUCUACUAGUCCAAGCAGUAGCUCAGAAUCUACAACCACAAAACCUACUAGAAAAACCAGAAAAACUACAAAAACACCCAGUACGGUAUCUACAAGUACUAGCACCGAAUCCACAAGUACAAGUACAGAAUCUACUAGUCCCAGCACUAGCACAGAAUCAACGAGUAGUAGUACGGAAUCCACAAGUACUAGCACCGAAUCCACAAGUACCAGUACUGAAUCUACUAGUCCAAGCAGUAGCUCAGAAUCUACAACCACAAAACCUACUAGAAAAACCAGAAAAACUACUAAAACACCCAGUACGGAAUCUACAAGUACUAGCACCGAAUCCACAAGUACCAGUACUGAAUCUACUAGUCCAAGCAGUAGCUCAGAAUCUACAACCACAAAACCUACUAGAAAAACCAGAAAAACUACAAAAACACCCAGUACGGUAUCUACAAGUACUAGCACCGAAUCCACAAGUACAAGUACAGAAUCUACUAGUCCCAGCACUAGCACAGAAUCUACGAGUAGUAGUACGGAAUCCACAAGUACUAGCACCGAAUCCACAAGUACCAGUACUGAAUCUACUAGUCCAAGCAGUAGCUCAGAAUCUACAACCACAAAACCUACUAGAAAAACCAGAAAAACUACUAAAACACCCAGUACGGUAUCUACAAGUACUAGCACCGAAUCCACAAGUACCAGUACAGAAUCUACUAGUCCAAGCACUAGCUCGGAAUCUACCAGUACGAGCACAGAAUCUACAAGUACCAGCACAGAAUCUACCAGUCCCAGCACAAGUACCGAGUCUACCAGUAGCAGUACAGAAUCAACGAGUAGUAGUACGGAAUCCACAAGUACUAGCACAGAAUCUACUUCUACUGAAACCACGACCAUAAAAUGUUUAACACAAAGUUCUAGCACUGACACAUCAACGAGUACUAGUACAGAAUCUACCACUAGUACACCAUCUUUUCAUUGUACUAAACACGGUAAAUAUCCUGAUCCCGAAGACUGUUCCAAGUUCUAUGUAUGCAUUAUUCUUUUAACUGGUCUCCGUGAAUAUCAUUUGUCUUGCCCUACAGACACUUUUUACGACUCGUAUAAUGAAAAAUGUACUUCUAGUCCAGUACAGUGUCCAGGUGAACAAGUCAUCACUUGUGAUGACGAUGGAUUGUAUGCUCAUCCUACGAAUUGUAGCCGCUUUUAUUCGUGUACAUGGAAUUACUUUUUAUACAAAUUCGAUAUUGAACAAUUUUUAUGUCCUUAUGGUACCAGCUUUGACGAAGGAACACAAAAAUGCGAAAAAUCAACUUGUGGAGUAACCGCUUUACCAACUACUAGUUCCACUUCUACUACAACAGUAGCUUCACCAACUACUAGUUCCACUUCUACUACCACCGUACGCCCGAAUGAACAAUUUAUUUGUCCCAAGGAAGGACGGUAUCCAGAUUCCACCAGUUGUACCAGCUACCAUAGGUGUAUCAAAUUAUUAAAUACGCUAAUCGACAUCCGUAUUGAAUGUCCCAAAGAUACUAAGUACGAUGCCGCCAACGAAGUUUGUACUGACAAACCUGUUCAAUGUCCAAACGAAAAUAUUUUGACAUGUACUGCCUCAGGAGAAAAAAGUCGUAAAGAAGAGGAGGAAAAUAAAAUAAAAGCCCAAGCUGUAAGGAUUUCGUUGGCUAUUUAUGAUUUUCAGGCAGUAUUGCCUGUUCUAGUAGGACAGUCAUCAGCUUUUUUCUGCAAAUUGCGUUUAAAUUGCUACAAUUUCACUAUAACAAAUAUAACAAAAAGUUCAACAAAAGCAUUUUUUUGGCAUGAAGUUUUUGGUAAUAGGCGUGCUGUUGAAAUAGUGAGCUGCGUUUUGAUUUAUCUGGAGGAACUAUCGAAAAGCCAGCCAGGAUUAAACUUAGUUUUUUUUUCUGAUAAUUGUAUGGGUCAACAAACGAACAGAUUUCUGAUUGAAGCGUAUCUCUAUGCAGUAGAGCACUUUGAAAUUGCGUCUAUCACACAUAAAUUUUUGAUACGUGGGCAUACCCAGAAUGAAGCAGAUGCAGUCCACAGCAUUAACGAGAAGAAAAUUUCCUUGGCCAAGAAGUCGGGACCCAUUUAUAUUCCCGACCAGUAUGUUUCUAUUAUCCGGGAAGCCAAGAAAAAAGGAAGGAAAAUUGAAGUUAAGGAGAUGAGUUUUCAAAAUUUUCUAGACCUUAAGGCAUUAGCUGAUGACAUGGGUCUCACCAUAAAUAAGAAUACGGUUGGAAAUGACUUUAAAAUUAAUGAAGUUAAAAUUUUACGAUUUAUAAAAGGAAAUAAUGAAGAGUUUCAUUACAAAACAAGUUACAAACAGAAAAAAUGGCUUUAA